CUUGUGGGACUGUAGCCGUUUUCGCAGUUUGGGCUGGACGAAAAAGACGGGUUGCCGCUGUCUGGAAGGGCUGUAGGGUGUGUGAGCUGACUCCGCCUCGCCUUUCCUGCCUAGCUCUCUUUCCGCGGAACCGGCCGCGCCCGGUCCUUGCGCGACGCUCCCCGGCCCCGGCAGCCUGGUCAGGCGCUGGAGGCCGGAGUCCCGCGGCCUGUGCUGGGUCCGCGCACACCCACGGCGGCGGAUGGGCGGCCGGGGCGGCCGGGCCUGAGCGCGGCCAGGGCUUUCAGGUGUUUUCCCCAUGACACUUGGAGGGGGAGUGACUCACCCAGGUCACCCAGCAAGCAUGUGGCAGAACCAGCAGUGCAGCCCAUCUUCUUGACUCCAUAACCUGUGUUAGCUGGAGGUUUUUCAGUGGGCUGGCUGCUGGCAGAAUGGACACCCUGGAGGAGGCGACUUGGGCCAAUGGGAGCACAGCGCUACCCCCACCCCUGGCACCAAACAUCAGUGUGCCUCAUCGCUGCCUGCUGCUGCUCUAUGAAGACAUUGGCACCUCCAGGGUCCGGUACUGGGACCUCUUGCUGCUCAUCCCCAAUGUGCUCUUCCUCAUUUUCCUGCUCUGGAAGCUUCCAUCUGCUCGGGCCAAGAUCCGCAUCACCUCCAGCCCCAUUUUUAUCACCUUCUAUAUCCUGGUGUUUGUGGUGGCGCUGGUGGGCAUUGCCCGGGCCGUGGUAUCCAUGACGGUGAGCACCUCGAAUGCUGCAACUGUUGCUGAUAAGAUCCUGUGGGAGAUCACCCGCUUCUUCCUGCUGGCCAUCGAGCUGAGUGUGAUCAUCCUGGGCCUGGCCUUUGGCCACCUGGAGAGCAAGUCCAGCAUCAAGCGGGUGCUGGCCAUCACCACAGUGCUGUCUCUGGCCUACUCUGUCACCCAGGGCACCCUGGAGAUCCUGUACCCUGAUGCCCAUCUCUCAGCUGAGGACUUUAAUAUCUAUGGCCAUGGGGGCCGCCAGUUCUGGCUGGUCAGCUCCUGCUUCUUCUUCCUGGUCUACUCUCUGGUGGUCGUCCUUCCCAAGACCCCGCUGAAGGAGCGCAUCUCCCUGCCUUCUCGGAGGAGCUUCUACGUGUAUGCGGGCAUCCUGGCACUGCUCAACCUACUGCAGGGGCUGGGGAGUGUGCUGCUGUGCUUGGACAUCAUUGAGGGGCUCUGCUGUGUAGAUGCCACAACCUUCCUGUACUUCAGCUUCUUUGCUCCGCUCAUCUACGUGGCUUUCCUCCGGGGCUUCUUUGGCUCAGAGCCCAAGAUCCUCUUCUCCUACAAAUGCCAAGUGGACGAGACAGAGGAGCCGGAUGUACACCUACCCCAGCCCUAUGCUGUGGCCCGGCGGGAGGGCCUGGAGGCUCCAGGGGCUGCUGGGGCCUCAGCUGCCAGCUACUCAAGCACGCAGUUUGACUCUGCUGGCGGGGUGGCCUACCUGGAUGACAUCGCUUCCAUGCCCUGCCACGCUGGCAGCAUCAACAGCACGGACAGCGAGCGCUGGAAGGCCAUCAAUGCCUGAGAGCAGCUGCCAGGGCCUGCAGAGGACAGGCCAGAAUGGAGGCCAGCAGGCCCAGAGUCCCCGGGGGAGGAGGACCAGGUCAAGGGACCUUCUGUGGGCGGUAGCCCUGUGUGGCCCUGUUCCCACCAUGAGUCUGGAGGCCCCACCUCCCUGGGGCUCCCAAUCCCCUUUGCCAUCUGUGCUUUCACUGGGGACCCUCCUCCCUUCCCACCUGGUCUCAUACUGCUCAGCGACAUGGCCUGGGCUUUCCUUCCAGGGCCAUGCUUGGCAAGGUUGGCUGAGGGCACCCUCCUUCUCUGCAUCCUUGGCACGAGGGCAGGGCUGGCUCUCCCAAUGCCUCCAUCCCAUCCCCAUGGUGCUUUGGCCUCCUCAAAGCCCACUGUGGUGGAUGGACUGAAGUGUGUAUAUUUUCUUGAUCUAUUUUUUAAUAAAAAAGAAAAGGAGCAGAA